AUGUUGCCAAAUAGAUCAUCAACGACAAAUACCAAAAAAGAUAUGUUUCCUGAUAAGAAAUCAACUUAGCAAAUGAAAACUUCCACGUUAACAAGCGCGGGUCUUAGUUCUCUUAUUACUUUUAGUUUGCUACUCGCUUGAUCUCAGGAUUUGCAAUCUCGGUUAUUUGCAGUAAUGUUCGAAAGUAUCAUACAUGAAUUCGAUCCUUGGUUUAACUACAGAGCAACAGCGUACAUGGUACAACAUGGAUUUCUAUAAUUUUUAAAUUGGUUUGAUGAAAGAGCAUGGUAUCCACUGGGUCGUAGUGGGGGAACUGUUUAUCCAGGAUUAAUGAUCACAUCUGGAUCGAUACAUACUAUUACUUCUUUAAAUAUCCCGGUACACAUAAGAGACAUUUGUGUAUUCCUAGCUCCAAUUUUUAGUGGCCUUACCGCCAUUUCUACGUACUUAUUGACAAAAGAGAUAUGGAGUGCCGGUGCUGGUUUGUUUGCGGCGUGCUUCAUCGCAAUUGUGCCUGGUUACAUUUCAAGAUCUGUAGCAGGAAGUUACGACAAUGAAGGCAUCGCUAUAUUUGUACAAAUAACAUAUUAUCUUUGGGUUAAGUCAGUUAAAACUGGCUCUAUCUUCUGGGCUUCUAUGACUGCUCUCUCCUUAUUUUAUAUGGUAUCAGCAUGGGGUGGCUAUGUUUUUAUCAUUAAUCUAAUUCCAUUCCAUGUAUUUGCAUUGCUGGUUAUGAAUCGAUUUAGUAAUCGCCUUUUUACAAGUUACACUACAUUUUAUAUUUUGGGACUUCUAUUAAGUAUGCAAAUACCAUUUGUUGGUUUUCAACCGAUAAGAACAUCGGAACACAUGGCUGCAGGAGGUGUGUUCGGUCUGUUGUUUGUAGCAGCCCUCAGAUACCUGAGAACUGUCCUUACCAAAUCUGAAAUGAAGUAUUUUGGAGGCGUAGUUGCAGUUACAGCUGGUGUUCUUUUGCUUAUUUUGAUCUGUUGUAACUUACCGGGUGUUGUUGCUCCUUGGAGCGGAAGAUUUUAUUCCUUAUGGAUACUGGCUAUGCAAAAAAUUCACAUUCCAAUAAUAGCAUCUGUUUCUGAACAUCAACCUAAAUGGUUUAAGCUUUAUUUCUUUGACUUGCACAUUCUUGUUACAACAUUUCCUGUUGGUCUCUGGUAUUGUAUUAAACACAUUAACGACGAACGUGUUUUUGUUAUAUUAUAUGCUAUCAGCGCUGUUUAUUUUGCCGGAGUUAUGGUUAGGCUUAUGCUCACUUUAACCCCUGUAGUUUGUAUGCUUGCCGGAGUAGCGUUUAGCGACCUUCUGGAAUUGUUCUAAGAAGAAGAUAGUGAAAGAAACGAUCGAGGUAGUAAUGGAAGAGAAGAAAGCGAGGAAGAAAGAGAAAGGAGCCCCGGUAGAGCAUUAUACGAUAAAGCUGGUAAACUCCGUAGAAUGAAACAUGAAAGACCGAGGGGCAAUGGCGAUGGUGGGUAUUAAUCUCGGAAUGGUGUUGUCAUUGGAGCAUAUUUGAUGAUGAUGUUCAUACAUUGUACUUGGAUUACAAGUAAUGCAUAUUCUAGUCCCUCAAUUGUUUUGGCAUCAUAUAGUAACGAUGGUGGUAGAGCUAUACUUGAUGCCUUUAGAGAAGCUUAUUAUUGGUUAGCACAAAAUACACCAAUUGAUGCUAGAAUUAUGAGUUGGUGGGAUUAUGGUUAUCAAAUUGCUGGAAUGGCUAACAGAAACUACUCUUGUGGACAUAAUACUUGGAAUAAUUCACAUAUAGCUCUGGUUGGAAAAGCAAUGAGCUCAAAUGAAAGUGCUGCUUAUGAAAAGACAUCAUUAGAUGUAGACUAUGUAUUAGUUAUUUUUGGAGGAAUGAUCGGGUAUUCGGGAGAUGAUGUUAACAAGUUCCUUUGGAUGGUUCGAAUUGCUGAAGGUGAACAUCCACAAGAUAUUCGUGAAAGUGAUUAUUUCACUGAGAAAGGAGAAUUUCGUGUGGAUGCAGAGGGUUCACCUACUCUUUUAAAAUCAUGAUGUUAUAAAUUAAGUUAUUAUCGAUUUGGAGAAGUAAAAAUCGAUUAUCGAUCACCUUUCGGUUAUGAUCGUACGCGUAAUGCAGAAAUAGGAAAUACAAACUUCCAAUUAACAUAUUGGAAGAAAGCUUAUACAACCGAACAUUGGCUUGUUCGAAUAUUCAGGGUGAAAAAACCAAGUGAGUUUAAUACUAGUAUUCCGAUAUCUAAACGAGUUGUGGCACGUAAUGCCAAUUUAAUUAGUAAAAAGACUGCACGUCGUAAGAAAGGUGUACAAUAAAAAGCCGGCCAACCGUUGUUAAAGGACAGAAAACCUCAACGAAGAACUACGUAACAAAACAUUUAUUAUCUAAUUCAUAAUAAUUUUCAAAUACAACUUUUAUAAUAAAAAAAAAAGAAAAUUACCGGUCCCUUGGGUCUACUACAAACUAUACCCACACUAAGAAUUUAAUAUCAUUAAAAUCGAAUCAAUUGAAAUAUAAAAUAAAAGAAGUUAUAACAGUUGAGGCAAAUUAAAAAUUGUUUUAUAAGUAUAAUCCACAGAAAAUUACAUGUUUCAUUUCACUUAUUACACUUCUUGUUGACUUCUCUAAUGUUAUUAAACAUUGUCUAUGUACGGCUGUCUCACAUAUCAUUUAGACAUAAUUUCUAUAUAGUCACACCGUGUAAUGCAUUUUUAUAACAAAAUCACCAUAUGUUUGAACUAGACACAACAUAUUCAUACGUUUAAAAUUUUGUUUGUACUUAAUUAGUCUCUAGCUUAUUGUUUAUUCAUAUUAUGCUUUUGUUCAAACAAGUAAUAUUUCUGCUAUAUCUGUGUAAUGCACACAUUUUACUUGAACAAGUAAAAUUCAUUAGUUAGAGUGAAUAAAAAUAACUACCAAUAUCAAGCAGUUGAAAUCAGAGGGAUUGAAUACAUGUUAUGUAUACAAAGUUUAUUAUUACCAAAGUUUACCACCUUAGUGAACAUUUAUAAAAGAAAUUUUGUGGUUUAAAAUUGCUGAAUAAAGUUUCAUUGUUCUCUACACAGGAUUUAAGAAUAAGGACGGAGGAUUCUCAAUAUAUCACAUACUUUUGGCUUUGUAAUCUUUUAAAUUGUUCCUGCAUUUUUAUUAAAUAUAUUUUAGUUUACUAUUACUAUGUUAAUCACUUGUUAUUAUGAAUUAUAUUAUUUUUUUAUAAUGUUCAUAUACCACGGAUUGGUCAUUAUUUUUAAUGUAUAUGUUUGGGAGAUCAGAAAAUGACAGUUAAAACAAUGUUAAAUAUAUAAAGUAGUUAUGUAUAUA